AUGGAACCAGCAGGGCCACGGCUAUUCUCAGAUGAUCAUCUCACAACAACUCUUGCUCCCGAACCGACAGACGAAGGGUCUACUAGUCUCGUUUUGGACCUAGAAUCGGUGCCCAAUUUCUUCGAUCUCCCAGCAACAAUCUCGUGGAUAACCGAGAAUGACUUCGCAAAAGUUGGCCUGCAAUUCCCGGAUCGUUUCAUCCGAUAUUCCCGCUUCAUCGCUGAACGAAUAGAGAAAGAGACGAAAGCCAGGGCCUAUGUUUUGGCGGAUACUUCUUAUAAAAGUUGUUGUGUGGAUGAGGUAGCGGCUGCGCAUGUUCCCUGUGAUUCAAUUGUCCAUUAUGGGGAUAGUUGUUUGAGUACAGCCACCGGGGCCGUUCCCGUUAGAUAUGUACUGGGCCGUCUUCCUCUAAACGUUGAUGAGGUGACGAAGGGAUUUCGAGAAAAUAGCGCCCACAUAGAGGCUUCCGUCAUUUUACUGACCGAUGCCGCGUAUGCGUAUUCUAUCGAAGAGCUCUCCCAACAAAACCCACAGCUUCUCGUGGCACGGCUGGAUAAUGGGGAAAUUCGCGAUAACGAGAAACUCUGCCUGGGCCGCUUGAUCCCGCGGUCAUUCUCGGAUUCCACGGACAGCUCUUGCGUGCUGUUUAUUGGCGAUGAGUCGAGUCCGCUUCUACAGAUGUUUCUUCUCACCUUCCCCUAUUGUGCUCAAGUCAUCCACUACAAUCCAACAAAUCAGAAGAUUUCGAUUGAGAGAGAUACAACCUCUUUAUUAGUUCUCGUCUAUUUUCUG